UGCGUAAGGGGCGGAGUUUGCGUAAGGGGCGGAGUUUGCGUAAGGGGCGGAGUUUGCGUAAGGGGCGGAGUUUGCGUAAGGGGCGGAGUUUGCGAGAGCUGCUGAAAUCGGGGGCUGCUGCACAAGCUGAGCGGGGCCGGGGGAGGCUCAGGGGAAGCUCCGGCGAUUCGGGGAGGCGCCCAGCACCUGCGCCUGGCAGGCCGUGUCCGCCUUCUCGUCGCCCGUCAGCUCCCGGGACGCUCUCUGGGGCUGCCCUGAGCCGGCUCUCACCUCCAGCGGAGCGGCAGCCUGCGGCAGCGGGCGGAUGGAACCUUCCCGUCCCGCCAUUCCCGGGCUGCCAGCGGGCACGACACAGCCUGCACCCGCCGCCGGGGCUCGCUCACCUCACCGCUGAGCCCGGCCCUCACCCGCCGCCGGCACCGGCGCCCAGCGUGCCGCCAUGCUGCCGCCGCGCACCGCGCAUGCGCCGGACGGACGGCGUGCCGGAGGGUUCGCAGCCGCCGCGCGACCGCCGGGCUGCAGUACCGCCCUUCGGCCACGAGGCGGCAGCAGCGGAGGCGGCGCUGUGCGCACCCGUGCGGUACCGGCGCUGCAGCACGGCGCUUCGGCUACGACGAGACAGCGGCAGCAGCAGCGAGCUCCCGGCCGGCCGCACGCGCCCGGGGCGGCACCGGCGCUGCAGUUCGAGCGCCCGCCGUGAGGCAGAGGCGUUUCCUUACCGGGAAGCAGCAACGAGCGCGGCGGCAGCAGCCCGCAAGCGUUGCAACAUCGCAAUGCCGUUACCGGUGGGUGGCAACGUGGAGCGCGGCGGCGCCUACCCGCGGUCCCGCCGUUCGGUCGCCGGGCGGGAGGAGCCAGCGCCCCUGCGCGGCGCUCGUGCUGCAGUACCGAAAUUUGCUCACCAGGCGGCAGCAACGCGCCGGGUGCCGCGCGUCACUACGCAUGCGCGGCUCUUGAGCCGCAAUAUCGACUUUUGGUCGCGGUUUGAAACGUCAGCGCGCAUGCGCGCAUUCCGACCAAUCCCGACUCACCCGAAAGCCCCGCCGAGCCGCGACGGCAGCCCCGAGCUCCGCAGCGCGGCUCCGGGCUGGACCCCCCCCCCCCCCCGCCGCUGCUCUGUGCAUCCCAAGGCACCGGAGGCUGGUGGCCUCUGAGCACAGAGGCGAUGUACAGCCCUCCUCUGCCUGCAGGGACAUGCCCGAGGAUGACCCAGGUAUGUCCCCAAGUCGAGUGCCGUCAGCCUGGCAGCAAGAUGCAGCUUGACAGCGAUGGCACUCCCUCUUCAGGAUCGCAGGACAAGAGCAGCAGCAGCCACCUCCCAGCAGGUCCCCGAAGAUGGCAGGGGGACAGUGGACAGUGCCCCAGGCAUUCAGCUGCCCUGAGGAUAUCACGCUGCCAGCCUCCACUCAGCUGUGGGUGCUUUCUAAGGCAAAUAAAAGCUCACAA